AUGGCAAACAGUAGACUGGCGCUGUGUGUAUUACUGGCUGCUGCAGCCACGACCCUAAAAGGGGUUAACUGUGGACUGUCCCAGUCAUAUCAAGCACCUGGAAUCACGACAGGGGGGCUUGCAGGCGGUUCCUCUUUCGGAGGACUUGGGGGAUCCUUAGGAAGCGGUCUCCUAAGUGGUUCUACUUCUGGAGGAUCUGUUUCUGGAAGUGGGUUGUUGACUGGAGGAUACGGAAGUUCCAUCUUAGGCACUGGUAGUCUAACUGGACUUGGUGUGGGAGGUUCUACAUUUGGGAACUUGGGGACUGCAUAUAAUACUGGAUUAGCAGGUUCUUCAGGAGGAAUCCUCAGUGGGCUUGGAAGCCUAACCAAUACUGGAAAUUUAAUCAACACUGGCUUUGGAAGUGUUACAGGCGGAAACUUAGCUGGAACUAUUGGAGUUUUCCCAGCAAGACCCCGUCCUGUGAUACCUAUUCUGACAGAUCAACGUGAAGGUCCCUAUGCCAAUGGCGUUUACAGCUUCAACUACGCAACUGGAAAUGGCAUCGUUCGCCAGGAGCAAGGAUACCCAGAGGGUGGAAUGGUGUCACAACGAGGAGCAUGGUCAUUCACACAUCCUGAUGGCACCCCAACUACCGUCAAUUUCGUUGCCGACGCCAACGGUUUCCGAGUGGAUUCCAAUCGCGUGCCUCCCCUCCCACCUCACGCCAUUGCUCAGAUUGAAAAGGCACGCCUGGAAGACGCUGUUGCUGCUACUUCAGUCAUUGGCUCUCAGAUUCCUGGAUCUGGCCUCAACCUCAUAGGAUCCGGAUCUCAGUUUGCUGGCACUCAAUCCCUACUCUCCAAUUCAGGAUUACAGAUUCCUGCAUAUGGAUCUCAAUUUCCCUCUGGUCUAGGAUCUGGAUCUCUAUUGGCUGGGUCUGGAUCUCUACUGUCUGGACUUGGAACCCUCUCAACUGGAUCUGGAUCUACCUUGCUCCCAGCAACCACUCAAACUCAAGCAGCAGUGGCUACAUCCCCCAUUGCCGUCUGCCUAGGAGCGUCAGGGACCUACGGUAAUUCGGCUAAUACAGGUCCUGGCGGCUUAGUUGGCACGGUCAUCGGAGGUCCUACGGGAGGGAACUUGGGCGUUACAUCUUCAGGAAGCGUCGUAGGUCUCGGAGGCUCCCAAGGGGCAAACGCAGUUGGUUCUCUGGUUCUGGGGGGAAUCUCACGACCCGUGGUGCCCAUAAUCCUUGACCAGCGCGAUGGUCCCUACCCCAACGGCGUCUAUAGCUUCAACUUCCUGACGGGGAAUGGAAUUGUUCGUCAGGAGCAAGGGUACCCUGAAGGGGGGAUGGUUUCACAGCAGGGCCAGUGGUCGUUCACGUACCCCGAUGGCACCCCGACAACUGUCACUUUCGUGGCCGACGCGAACGGCUUCCGCGUCGAUUCUGACAGGGUGCCACCCCUCCCACCCCACGCGGCUGCCCAGAUCGAGAAAGCGCGCCUGGAGGAUGCAGCUGCCGCGACUUCUGGGUAUCAAGUCUCUGGUGGGCCACUCGGUGGCUCUGGAUCGAUUUUGACUGGCUCCUUUGGAGCUCUGGUGCCUCAGCUGUCCGGUGUUGGCUCUGGUUCUCUGUUGGGGUCAGUUGCACAGGCAAAUAAAAGUGGUGCUGUGUAUAUACUAUUGGCAUCGGUGGUGACAACUUCCCAAAAUGUCAUCCCUAGUCCUGGAGGGUCAUAUCUUCCUCCAAAGAUUGAUGGACCUUCAUCUCCAACUGGCCAGUUGGGAGGAUCAACCUCUGGGAUACUAGGGACAUCAUCUACUGGUUUUGUAGGUUCCACAGGUAGUGGUCUGCAAGGGUUGCCAAACGCUGGUCUUGGAGGCUCCCUUGGAGGUACUCAAAGUGGAACACUAGGAGCGUCUCAAACUAGUGGAUUUAGUGGCUCAAUUGGAACUGGUGGAGGAACACUAACUGGAGCCACCUUCGGGACAAAACCAACUGGUGGCUCUCAACCAAGUGGAUCCCUUGGAGGCUAUGGAGGUUCAACUAACGUAGGUUUGGGUGGUUCCUUUGGAGCAGGUCUGACAGGGUCCUCACUCUCUGGUUUUGGUUCUUCGGUGGGGCCUCAAAGUGGAACUCCUGGAGGAUCUCAAACUAGCAGUUAUAGCAGUUCGACAGGAAAUAUUGGUGGUGCUUCAACUGGAGGUAAUUUUGGAACAAGGCCAACUGGUAAUUUUCUGGGAGGCGGUAGUGGAUCCCACCUAAGUGGCUCACUGACGGGAGGAUAUGGAGGAUCUAAUGUAGGUUCAGGAGCUUCUUCAAGUGGUGGUCUUGUUGGAUCACUGUCUGGUCUUGGUGGUUCUGCAGGUUCUACAAGUGGAUUCGUAGGAGGAUAUCAGGCUGGGGGUUACGGAGGAGCGUCCACUGGAAUCACUGGAGGAUCUUCGACGGGAAAUAUCUUUGGAACAAAACCAAGUGGUACUGAUAACUCUCGCCCAAGUGGAUCAACAGUUGGAGGCUAUGGAGGUUCAGCUACUGUAAGUCAAGGAGCUCUUUCAGGAAGUGGUCUUACAGGACCUUUAACCUCUAGUUCCAGUGGCUUUGUAGCUGGUGGUAGUGUGGGUUUGCAAAGUGGAUCCACUGGAGGUUCCCAGAUUGCUGGAUAUAGUGGUCCUACUCAAACUGUUGGUGGAUCAUCACUAGGAGGAUAUGGCAGCGCCACUAAUGCAGGAGGCGCUACUGGUGGAUUAUCAUCAGGCAGCACUGGUUUUCAAAUAGGAGGCAUCGGAGGAUCUCAAGCUGGUGGAUACAGUGGCUCAACAGGAACAUCUGGAAAUCUCUUUGGAACAAAACCCAGUGGUGGAUCUCGUCCUAAUGUAGGAGGCACUAAUGGUGGACUAUCUGCAGGAAGUAUUGAAGGCUCUCAAGCUGGUGGAUAUGGUGGCUCAACUGGAGCAACUGGAAAUCCUUUUGGAACAAGACCCAGUGGUUCCUCUAAUGUAAAUACUAGUGGAACUCGUCCCAACGGAUCAUCACCAGCAGGAUAUGUCAGUUCGUCUAAUUUAGGUUCAACUUCUACUGAUGGUGGUUCUACUUAUGGUGCUACAGGGUCACUCAAUGGAAACUUUGGAGGCACCCAGACUGGUGGAUAUGAUAGCUCAUCAACUGGAGGUUUUGGAACAAGGCCAAGUAGUUCAACUUCUGGAAAUGUUGGUGGAUCUCACCAAGGCUUAGGUAAUUCCCUAGGAGGUGGUUUUGGAGGAUCUUCAAACUUUGGUUCAAGUGAUUCCAUUACUGGGAACUCUUAUGGUUCUCAGGGCGGAAAUGUUUGGGGCUCCGGGGGCAAAGGAUCUCCAACUGGAAGUUACAGUGGUUUAAAACCUAGUUCAGCUGUAGGAAACACUGGUGGAUCACAGCCAAAUGGACUACCAUUUGGACAAGAGGGUGUCUCUCGUCCAGGUGGUUCACCAACUGGAGGAUAUGGGGGUAUUUCUAAUGUAGGUUUGGGAAGCUCUCCGGUGACUGGUCUUGGUGAUUAUACUUUAACCGGCUCUUUUGGUCUUCAGAAUGGGAAUGUUGGUGGGUUAAGGCCAACUGGAUCAUCGACUGGAAACUUUGGUGGAUCUGUGACGAGUGGAUCACCAACAGCUCAACAAGGAGGAUACGGAAGUUCUAAUAUAGGUUUGGGAAGCUUGGCACCUGCUUUUGGAAGCUCUGCUGUAGGAAGCUCCUUUGGUACCCAGAUUGGAAAUGUUGGAAGCCCUCUGAUAGGUGAAUAUGGUGGUUCUUCUUCUACUGGAAACUUUGGUGGAUCUGUGCCAAGUGGAUCACUGUCAGGUCAAUUCACGGGAAGUAACCCAAGUGGAUCCCUGGCAACAGGAUAUGAUGGUUCUAAUCAAGGUUUAGGGAGUGUUCCCACAUCAGGUUUCGGUAGCACUACUGGAGGCAGCUCCUAUGCUUCUCAGAGUGGAAACGUUGUGAACUCCCUGAGUGGUGGAUAUAGUAGUUCUCUAACUAGUAACACUGGUGGGUUAAGACCAACAGGGAGCCUUAGCGGAUCUGUACCAAGUGGCUCACCAUCAGGUCAACCAGGAGGAUAUGGGGGUUCUAAUUUAGGUUUGGGGAGUUUUUCAGCAUCUGGUCCCAGUAGCACUACUGGAGGCAGCUCCUUCACUCCUCAGACUGGAAAUGUUGGCAGUUUCCCAAAUGGCGGCUAUAGUAGUUCUUCAGUUAGUAACAGUGGUGGGUUAAAGCCAACUGGGUCAUCUGCUGGAAACGUUGGUGGAUCCUUGUUAAGUGGGUCAUCCUUUACAAACUUGAGUGGAUCAUCUGCAGGAGGAAGCUAUGGUGGUUCUGCAAUUACAGGCACAUCUGGAGCAUCUUUAGGAUCUGCGGGAACUGGCAACACUCAAGGUGGAAAUUCACUCGGCUCAUCUGGGGCGUACCAAGGAUCGUCAGGUCCUGUGGCUCUCAUACUUACUGACGUUCGUAAUGGCCCAAAUGCUGAGGGCUUCUACAACUUCAAAUUUGAAACUGGGAAUGGAAUCAGUCGUCAAGAGGAUGGGUACCCACAAAAUGGAAUGGUGGCACAAAAAGGAGGAUGGUCGUACACACUCCCUGAUGGCACCCCUGCAACAUUCAAAUUUAUUGCUGACGGAGACGGCUUCCGCGUAGAGUCAACCUCCUGCCUACCCCUCCGCCUCUUCCACCUCAUGCAAUUGCACAAAUUGAAAAGGCACGCCAAGAGGAUGCUGCUGCCAUUUCAGCAGCAGGAAACACUGGUCCCUAUGAUGACAAUUCUCAAUAAGUUCUUCUUUUGGACUGCAAAUCUCGGCAGUUGGUUGAAACUUGGUUUAAAGCUUUCAGAGGAUGAAUCUAAAAAAACUCAGCCUCUAAAUAGCAAUCUUAGUCACCAAGCAAUAUCCGAGGAAACAUGAUAACUUAUAUCAGACAACACAAGCUGCAAUUACGGUACGAUAUCCAAAGACGGAAACACACGGAACACUUUUAUUUGUUAUUAAAUAUUUAU